AUGAUUCAAGCAAAAGACGAAACUAAUCGGCCCAAAAAGGCAAUUGAAAGCGAAAGGAAGAAAAGGGAUAAAAACAACCUUAAAUCCGAUAAGGGAGUGCGUGUGAAGAACUGUUUAGUUAAAAAGGGUAUGGUUUAUCGUAUUGUCCUUCAAAAUGGAAGUGUUGUCAUUGGUCGAGUCGAAGGAAUUCAUGAGAAAGGUCUAAAACUAGCUGAGUACGUAGUGGAAACUGAAGAACGAGAAGUAAGUACUGAGAAAGUUAUUCGAUUAGAAGAUAUUCAGACGGUUGAAGCAAUUGUUGGCGGUGGAUUGAAAGAAGGUACUAGUGGAGGUAUUAUGGUUGUCCGAAUGGUUUCUGGUGUUCUAGGGUAUGGUGAAUUAGUAGCUGAUAGUAAGAGUGAAGUGAGUUUUACUGGGUUUACUUUCUUCCAAGAUCCUGCUAUUAGUUAUGACUUGCUUUGUGUUAAGAAGGACUUUAUUCAAGAGUUGUUUAAUCUCGGGACAAUGACUAAAGAAGUAGAAGUUAGUGUUGGUGUGGGUGGUGUUGGUGUUGGUAUGGGUAGUAGUAGUAGUAAUGUAGUUGGUAGUAGUAAUGUAGUAGGUGGUAGUAGUGCUGCUGCUGAUGAAGGAAUGAUUAAGGAAGAGUUUCUGACCGAUGGAGAAAUUGGCCGGAAGAAGAAUGGUGGACGGACUAGAGAGUUGCAGUCUUUCUAUCAUAACAAAGAACCGGAAGAGAAGUUAGUGCUAAGUGGUACUCAGAAAGUUGGGACUUGGAAUCAGUUUGAAGCUAAUGAGAAACAGUUUGGAGUUAAAGCUACUUUUGAUGAGUCAAUGUACACUACUGUCUUAGAUAAGAAUUCAGAAGAGUAUCGGCGGUAUGAAGGUGAAGCUGAACAAAUUGCUCAGAAGAUGUUGCAGCAGACUUCUGGUAAUUCUCAUUUGGAAGAAGAACGUGGUCGAGUUUCCGAUCUUACUGAAGAUGAGAAGUAUGGAUCAGCUGGAGCUCUUAAGAAAGAACCUCUUAAGAGAAGACGAGAUCUUAUUCCUGAAACUAAUCCGGCAGUUGAUUAUAGUGCUAUGGUCUUUAGAGGAACUAAAGAAAAGCCUUUAGCCCGUAAGCCUAAUGAGAAGUCUAGUCCAGUAAUUACUUCACCUCCUAGUUCAACUACUACCCCUAGCUUAACUACACCUAGUCAAUCUCCUUCUUCUUCUCUUCAGACACCUACUGAUGCAUCUCUAGUACAACCAUCCACUCCUACCCAAACAACUACUAAUUCAACUACUAAUACUAACCCAAUCCUAACCUCAGCAACACCACCAUCUGAACCCCUCAAAACUACUAUUUCAACUGCUGGUAAUACUAAUGCUAAUACUAAUACUACACCUCGGGCCCAACCAACUCUGCGUAAACUCAAUGCCGGGGCUCGUAGCUUUGAUCCGUACACUGCUCCUAGAAAGUCUUUCUUUGUUCCCACCUCUACUAGAGAGGCCGAGAAUGCCUGGCAGACUAGUGAUCUUCCGGCAUUAGCUUGGGGAUCUGGGCCAUCAUUUCUUCGAGCAGCUGAGCGGUUGUACUCAGGACACGAUGCUCAUAAAUCGGCUAGAUCGGCCCCAAUACACACCAAAUAA